AUGGAAGAAAUCAAGAGAAUGGCAGAGGAGUUUGUCAUUGAGGAGCUCAAAAAGAAGAAAAUUCCCGUAUUCUUGCCCGGCGAGACCGAGUAUGAGCGCUCCGUUGCGAAUGCAAAUCUCCUCUACCGCUUCACGAGACCGCUCUGCGUUGUCCAGCCCAAGAAUGUCGGUCAUGUUCAGACUAUUGUAAAGGAGGCCAAGAACAGGGGCGUCCCCAUUACAAUCAAGUGCGGCGGCCAUUCUUAUGCAGGGUUUUCGACCACUGACAAAGGCAUCUCGUUGGACUUGCUGAAUAUGAAUCGCGUCAAGAUUGACGUACAGUCCAAUACCGUUACGUUACAGGGCGGUGCCCUGUGGGGUCAUGCCUACAAGCAACUUGUCAACAAUCGCAUGAAUGGCUUCAUCAUCAAUGGCGGACGGUGUCCCACCGUAGGUGUGGGUGGUUUCCUCUUGGGCGGCGGUCUUGGUCCGUUCACGAGGAGCUUCGGGAUGGGCUGUGACACACUGAAGGAAAUCACCAUUGUCACCGCUGACGGCAAGAAGGUCACUGUCAAAGACACCGACAAUCCUGACUCACCAGAGGGGAAACUGUUCUGGGCCCUCUGCGGUGCGGGGGGCGGCAAUUUCGGUGUCGUGGUCGAGUUCAAGAUGUAUUUGCAAAAGCUGAGCAACAAGAAUGGGUCUGUGGUAGCUGGGAGGUACACCUGGUUUCCCAAAUCCGAUAAAGAACGCUCGAACAAGACCAAAGACAAACUCAUGGAUAAGUUUAUGGACACGAUGAACGAUUUCUAUGCGACCAGAUGGCCAGAUCAAGUUACCAUUGACACAUCCUGGAUCUGCGAUCUCAAGGAGACAAGCAGCGAACUGGCUGUUCGCUUCCUUGUUUAUUACGACGGUACCAAGGGGGAUUUUGAAAAGCUCAUUGCCGACAAACUUGGUGCUGACAAGGCGGAGAACGGAGGGGGAAAGUUAGCAGAACAACUUGCGCGGCGAACCAUGUCAGAGAAGUCAACCCGUUUCCUUCAUGAAACACUUGUCUCCCAGUGGUCAGAAGAAACCAUCAAGGCUUUCCCAACCGACCCAACCUUCAAGCUUUACUCCUCGUUUGUAUUCAAGAACGAUCCCGAGAGGAUCAAGAAGAUCACGUCAAUCAUCCGGGAAGAGAUGGCCAUGUUCAAGACCCGGUUCGCGGGUGAAUCAGGUCUUUUGCAAGUCACUUGGAUACACUCUGGCGGGAAAGCGAGCAGAAAGGAUCGUUCAGCCUCCGCCUUCCGCUGGCGUGAUGGUGUCUACCAGACAUAUAUCAUGCUAGAUUGGAGAGAAAAGUGGAUGGAAGGGGAAAUGAGGGACUUCAUGAAAGCCUUCAAGAAUAAGCUGAGGCCCUUCUCCAUCAUGUCGCGCGCUGCCUUUAUCAAUUUCCCCGACGAAGUUCUGUCGUCAGGCACCGCGGAGAGGACGUACUACGGCAAUAAUACCAAGAACCUGCGGCUCGUGAAGCAGCAAUGGGAUCCUGACAACUUCUUCGAAUGGAAGCAGGGAAUCAAGUUGCCGCAAACAGCUGAGAAAACACCCGUGAAGGCGAAGCGAAGAUCAAAAACAUCUGCCGCGUCUCAGAUACCUGCGGAAGCAUUCAAUGCAUUUAAUUUGAGUCCAGGCGCAUCUUCUGCAUCAUUAGGGGCAGAAAAUGCUUUCAAUAUCAAUGCAUUUGGGGCCCCCGAAAGGGAUUACGAUCGUAAGGACGGGCUCAUGGAUGGGGAUGCAGUGUCCAGUGACGAUGAAUCUCCGGUGAAUGAGCAGGACUUGACGGAUGAGCUGGCAACAAAACAAUGGGAGACCUUUACCCUCCCCCCGGCACGGAGCUUGAUGAACCUUGGCUCCAGAGGUGUUCUUGGAUUGACUGACUUGGGAUUCUGA